AUGUUACCCAGUAUAAAGAAGAAUAAAGAUAAUAGGUCUUCGUAUAGGCUAAAGACGGAGGGAGUUUGCAGAUAUCCUAGAAGCAAUUCCUUUUUGGGACAAAUAUCUCGAGAGCCAAUCAGACAGCGAUUAUGUGAGCGAGGUCCAUUGAAAGAAAUACAAUCAUUUGAUAAGGAAAUAAAGCUGCUGGAACAAUAUGAGAAAAAGUUAGAUGCAGCAUACAUGGAGAGAUUGAGGAUACAAUUAUACAGGAUGCAGUUGUGA